AUGUCCCUUUCACAGCUCUGCUCACUGCCCAGGUGGGCCCUGUCCCGGCACAUUUUGGGGCCGGUGAGCCUGCAACGUGGCUACCGCGGGGACUCCCCAACGGAGUCGGGGAAGGAUGUACUGGAGAUCCCCUUGCCCCCCUGGCAGGAGCGCCCCCAUGAGCCGCUGGAAACCAAGAGAGCUCGGCUGCUCUACGAGAGCAGGAAGAGGGGAAUGCUGGAGAACUGCAUCCUGCUCAGCCUCUUUGCGAAGGAGCACCUGAACCGCAUGAGCGAGCAGCAGCUGAACCUCUACGACCGGCUCAUCAACGAACCCAGCAACGACUGGGACAUUUACUACUGGGCCACAGAAGCGAAGCCCACGCCGGCUGAGUUUGAGAACGACGUGAUGGCCAUGCUGAGAGAGUUUGCCAAGAACAAGAAGAGGGAGCAGAGACUGCAGCAGCCAGACCUUGAGUACCUCUUUGAGCCACCCUGCUGA